AUGACCGAACGUCUCUCUCAACCAGUCGCCGCCGCCGCUUCUGGUGGGGUUGAAGAAGUAAGGCCGGUUAAACGCGAUCUCGAAUGCACGCCUGCCCCUGCCUCUGCUGAUGGAGGUGCCACGGAAGCAACACCAGCAGAAAAGCGUGCUCGAUUCGAUACGAAUGACCGUGAGACGAACAAACAUGGUCAAAAGAAAUGGGAACGCCGCGACCGUCGUGGUACCGGAUCGACCACCACCUCCUCCUCUGCCACCACUUCCUCUGCCACCACUUCCUCUGCCACCACUUCCUCUGCCACCACUGAUGAACCUUCCGAAAGGCUACCUAAACGCAAAGUAGCGGUCAAAUUUGGCUACUGCGGCAUUGGUUAUUCCGGCCUGCAAAUCAAUCCCGGCGUGAAAACGAUCGAAGGAGACAUGUUCGCCGCAUUCUGCAACGUCGGUGCUGUAUCCGCCGAUAACGCUGUAAACCCCAACAAGGUUGGUCUUCAACGUGCUGCACGUACCGACCGUGGAGUUCACGCUGCAGGAAACCUUGUCUCUCUCAAACUUAUCCUUGAACCUUGCGGUCUUAAACCAGGAGAAACGCUGGUGGACAAGGUCAACUCUAUCUUACCUGAUUUCAUCCGAAUAUGGGGUAUAACAAGAGUCCAGAACGCUUUCAACGCCAGACAGAGCUGCGAUAGUAGAAUGUACGAAUAUCUUCUCCCCACAUACGUUUUCAUACCGCCCAAGCCAGGCAGUAGUAUGCACGAUAUGUUGGUUAGGAUGCAAAAAGAACAACUUGCCAAACUUGAAACCUCGGAUCCGCAAGCUAGUACCACUUCUCUCGAUCCCAUUGUAAACCAUGCCUUCUGGGCUCAACACGGUACCUCGCAUGACUUCUCCACCGACAUUUCCGCUAAGAAAGGUUACCGCCUGCCCGCCUCGCACCUGGCUAGAAUCCGAUCCAUCUUCGCCCGCUACCUCGGCUCGCACAACUUCCACAACUUUACCGUCGGAAAAGAAUUCCGCGAUCGUUCCUGCCAGCGAUUCAUGAAAGAGUUGUCCAUUUCAGAUCCCAAGCUCAUCCAAGACGUCGAAUGGCUUAGCAUCAAAUUCCACGGCCAAAGCUUCAUGCUGCAUCAAAUAAGGAAAAUGAUUGGACUCCUAGUGUUAAUAGGCAGAACCGGAGCGGCUCAAGGCUUGGUUGAAGAAUGUUUUGGUCCCGCGAGAGUGCAUAUCCCCAAAGCUCCAGGACUGGGCUUGUUGUUGGAAAGACCUAUCUUCGAUGCCUACAACAGUAGGAUUAGAAACAGCAAUGACAAGCUUAGCAGGUUGAUGCGCAAGAAGAACAUCAACGAUGCCGUUGCCGUUGCCGCCGCCGCAGGCCAAGGUUCUGAUAGCGUUCAAGUUGCAACUGAACAAAGUAGAGAAAACAUGAGCACAGCUUACAAGGGAAAGCAAUCUGCAAAAGGCACAUCCUGCAGCCUCUCAAACGAACUUCGGGAAGAGGUAAGCUACUCUCAACACAAUUCGUCAAUGGAAGAGUUCAAACAGACUUGGAUCUACGAUCGAAUUAUUGCGAGCGAACAAGAGACGAAUGAGUUUGGAAAGUGGUUGAAUUAUUUAGAUGUUUUCCAAGGUUCAGACUUUGAAUAUUUGAAUCCAAAUGGUCUUAUCCCUGCCAAGGCGGUUGUCAAACUCGGUGAGUUUCAUCGUGAUCGACUUGGACAUUCGAAGAACGAUGCCGAGGGGCACAAGCUUCGAGAAGAGCGGCAAGAGCGGCAAGAGUGGCAAGAGGAGGCGGAUGAAGAUGAAGAGGCAUAUGGAAAAAAACCAAGCGAGUUGGAGGAAUACGAAGGAUAA